CGACAACAAAAAAGUGCAACAUUAUCAAACAAUCUGCAAUGUUUCAUCAUUAGAGUUUGGCUUUGUGUGUGUAUUUUUGUGCCAAAACAAGUCUCAGAAUUGAAGGCAACUCAAAGGUAGGUGUUAACAUUUGAUACAAUACAUUGUGUGAGAUUCACUAAAUGUCAUCCAUGCAUAAUUUGCCACUUUAUUCUGUUACAUCUUGGAUAACUGCUUUGCUUUAUGUAAGAUAAAAUAUCUAAGUAACAUAAUCCUGGGUUAACCCAACCCCAGCACUCUCAGCCAAUCACAGCAGUCCAGGACAGAUAUGUUUUACAAGGUUGACUGCUUUAAUGCUUUAUCAAUGUGUUCAAAAUGGAGAGCAGUCUAUAGGUGACGAGAAGAGUUCCAAUUUAUAUCAAUUGUUUCCUAAAUGGUUUGGCAUUAAAUCAGGGGAUGGUGCACUCUAGGCAACACAACUUCUACAGUAAGCCAUAGUGUUUAAGUUGUCUAGAACAGUGGCAGAAUUAAUGUAGAGAGGGCCCUGGGGCAAGAGCUUUUUUGCCUCCUCUCUCCCCCACCAUUGCAAAGGUGGCCAAAACAUAGAUCGCUGUCUGUUUUACAUCACCCACAAUGCUUUGCUAGCUGGGGAUUUACCAUUUGCGCAUCUUUGCAGUCUUGUACUGACCUCAACCCCACUAAACACCUUCAGGAUGAACUGGAACGAAGAUUGCAAAGCAAGGCCUUCUCGUCCAACAUCAGUGCCGGAACUCACAAAUGCUCUACUGGAUGAAUGGGUAAAAAUUCCACAGAAACACUCCACAAUCUUGUGGAAAGCCUUUCCAGAAGAGUGUAAACUGUUGUAGCUGCAAAGGGAGAACCAACUACGUGUUAAUGUCUAUGUCAGGGCUUCCCAAACUUUUAUGGGCCAAGACCCAAUUUUGAAAACUGUAAUGUUUUGAGACCCAUUUGCUUUUAAUGCAUAUUUUAAAAAUGAACACCAUGGCAAUGCGCUUUAGAGGCAUACAAUUGGCACAUCAUGGCAACUUUAGGUGCGUAAAAUUGGCACAACAUGGCAAUCAGUUUUAGAUGCAUAAACUUGUCUUAAACAAACUUUUAGAUGCAUAAACUUGGCAUAAAUAAGAUUUAGACUCCGGCCCCCCAGAUGUUGCUGAACUACAACUCCCAUGAUUCUUUGAAUUACAUAGAUAGCCAGAGAAUCAUGGGAGUUGUAGUUCAGCAACAUCUGAGGGGCCGGAGUUUGAGGACCCCUGGGUUAAAGUGUGGGAAGGGAGGCAGGGAGAGAAGGGGUUAAAGUGUGGGGAUGGGGGCAGAGUGAGAAGGGGUUAAAGUGUGGGGGGGCAGGGAGGGAAGGGCUUACAAUGUAGGCAGCAGGGCAGGGAGAGGAGGGGUUACAUUGUGGGGGCCGUGUCCUACGUUUAUUAAAUUUCCUGUGGGUUCAGUGUCUCCCUGGUGGUCCGGUGGGUUAAUUCUGCGGUCUGCAGCUCCGCUGGGUGCAGAGCUGCAGACCAUGUAAUAAAAGUCUUGCGAGCACCCAGAGUGUUGCCAUGGUAACGCUCUUGGUGCUCGCGAGACUUCUAUCACACAGUCUGCAGCUCUGCCCCCAGCGGAGCUGCAAACCAGAGGUGCUGGGCAGACUGAUUGGCGGGAGCCCAACAGCAUACAGGGCAAGCCCCCGGGCCCGAGGUAACGGGCCAAGGGCCCGACUAAUCAGUCUGACUACCUGUCUCUUAGGUCCCAUGCUGCCCUUGAGGAGUGGGUUAGCAAGACCCACUGGGAAUCGUCCUGCGACCCACACUUUGGGAAACUCUGGUCUAUGUAUUUAGAAUACAUGUCAUAAAGGUCCCUGUUGAUGUAAUGGUCAGGUGUCCCAAUACUUUUGUCCAUAUAGUGUCAGGACUUUGCCCUUCCGAACUAUCAAUUUGCAGAGACACCCACACCCACCGGAGGGACAUUUAAAAGGUAGAGAGGAAUAGAAUGGUGAUAUCUGAUUGAGGAAGCCUUUUGCAAAACAUGCUUUGGAUGAAGAAGGCUUAUGUGCUUUAUUUGUUUUUAACAGUUUAUCUUGAUAUUGUGAAUAGUUAACAAAGAGUUUCUACAGAAUUCUUUUGCUGCAACUACAAGUUUCUAAGGUGUUACAAGGUGAUUGUUGUCACCCGCAUCAGACACCUGAGCUGUUUAUACCAGGAGCCAAGUUCUUUAACAUGUGAGUUGAGUAGUUUACAUCACAUUUGACAAUUGGACACCUGCUUAAAGCAAUAUUGCACUAUUAAAAUAUUUUUUCCUUUUUGGGUCUCAAGUUAUUACAGCACUCCCUCUGUAAAUAUGAAAUUAACUUUAACAGCACUCUCCUUUGGUUUGCUAUGUGAUCACCUCUUAUUUGUUAUACUAAAACACGUUUGUGAGUGUGGCGUGUUAGGAGAAAACCCACACGAGUGUUGUAGCUGCUUAUCAUAUAUUGUGGAUCAUCACAUCAAGUGCCUGUUUCACGUUUUUAUCUUUUAGAUCAUAUUCAGUGGCGGUGCGCUAACAUCUUCUGAGCGGCUAACUCAAACUAAUUUGGUACUCCACUGCUUAUAUGGCUGUCCAAUUAGCCUCAAUUAUAGGGGAAACGAUCUUACAAGACACAGCCUAUGAAUGGAAUUCAGAUAUGACACAUCAGCACCCAAGACCCACUGAUGCACGUGGGGAAAUUAAAUGGAGUUACUGUAGUUCAAAUUGCUGAAAAACAUAAUGCUGGCCAUGAUAGAAAGAGGUCAGAACACACAGUACAUCACAGAUUGCUGUGUAUGGGGUUGAGCAGCCACAGACUUGUCAGAGUGCCCAUGAUGACCCCUGUCCACCACCUAAUGAGGAUUUGAGCGUCAGAACUGGACUAUGGAGCAAUCAAAGAUCGUUGUCUGGUCUAAAGAAUCAGGUCUUAUUUGUAGAUCAGGUGGAUGGCCAGGUGUGUUCAUCAUUCAUCACACACUACACAAAUACUGCAUUCAUUAUAUACACAUACUACACAAAUACUCAUUGCACAAACACACACACACUACAUUCAUUAUAUAGACACACUACACAAACACUCAUGACACAAACACUACACAACACACACUCUGAAUUCACUAUACACACAUACUACACAAACACACACACACUGCAUUCAUUAUAUACACACUACACAAACACACACUGCAUUCACUAUAUACAAAUUACCCAAACACACACACUCUGCAUCCACUACACAUACACUGCAUCCACUACACAAACACACUGCAUUCACUAAUCAAACACUCUCACUGCAUCCACUACACACACAUAUAUUCUUGAAAACAUAAAAAAUUCUGACUGGCAUGUAUAUUUUGUGCAUUUACCUUAAUAAAAAAAAAAGAAUUGCAAAAUAAAUUAAAAAAACAUGUUCAGUUAACAGUAGAUUUGUGUAGAAAUAUUUUUUCAAAAUGGUAAAUGUACAGAGUAUCGGCAAAUUAUCGGCUAUCGGCCUUCAAGUUCACAGAUUAUCGGUAUCGGUAUUGGCUCUAAAAAAUCAAUAUCGGUCGAUCCCUAGUCUUGGUGCCAGAAAACACAAGACGUUCAGAGGCCUUGUGGAGUUCAGACACGUUCAGAGGCCAUGCUUCGAUGCAUCAGAAUAGUUUUGGCAGUAUUGUGGGGACAUACAUGAUAUUAGGCAGGUGGCUUUAAUGUUGUAGCUGGUCAAUGUAAGCCUAUCUUUAACAUAUCUAUGCUCGAGUUUCUGUUAAUAUGGUGUAUAUUUAUUGCAUAUACAGAGUUUGUUUUUUUCUUGGCUGUGGUAUUUUUUUCAUGUUAUGACAAACUCUGUGCCAUGUGCAGUAUUAUGGUGUGUGCUUGUGUCUGGUGACAUGACACAAAGGGCUGAUCUCAUAGUCAACCCACACCCUGACAAACUCUGACUCAUGACUCUGGAAGUAGGUACCUGAUUAGACAUUUGCUAACUUUUCUAUAUUCUCUUACAGAAAAGCAAAAAGAAAAUAUACUAUGAUUAGCAUAUAUUUGUGUAAAAUUUGAAAUUUAGACAGAAUUCUAUGGGAUUUUGAUUUUAUAUGUUUCCCCUGUGUUGCAGUUACAUAUUUUAGUGCAUUUCAUUGUUGACUGUAAGUUUACAUUUUAUGCACUAUUGUGACUUAUUCACAAUAAGUUAAAUAAAGCAUUCUUGAAGGGUAUUCCCAGUUUAACUUAAAAAUAAUCAAUCAAGUUCAUUUUAAAACUGUGUCUAAACAUGUUACUUUUCAGGAGUCCAGUAUCAGAGUCUGAGAACCUGUCUUCUGGCUGCACUGCUCACUGGUACUUGGGAUCAGGUACAGAGUGGUAAGACCUGUAGGCAAAGAACUAAACCUGUGAGCUGCAAGUGUCUUUGUAAAGACAGUAUUUGGAGGCAGCACAGGCAGAAGGAUCAAUUCCUUCCUGGAAAAAAAGAGAUUUUGCUUGUUAAUUCUGUUAACCAUGUCAGCAACUUCUUGGCUCAAUAUUACCACUGCAGAUUAAUUAUAUUGCAAGCUGAAAUGUAAUGAGUCUAUCGGCAUUCUGCUGCUUUAAUCAACAAGAAAUAGCUGACUUGGUUAACAGAAGCAACACUCAUUACCGAUUAAAACAGAAGGAAAUCAAAAUCAGAUCAGUCCUCAGAGUCACAGCCCCAGUUCUGCAGUUUGAAGCUUCACAACCUUUCAAGUAGCCACAGCAUGAAUGUUUCAGAUGUCAGGUGUAGAGUUACUGAGCACGUUAACCCCUUAAGGACCACGGACAUAUCAGGUACGUCUGACAAAAAACGGCCCUUAAAGGGAAACUCCAGUGCCAGGAAAACAAUCCGUUUUCCUGGCACUGCAGGUCCCCUCUCCCUCCCACCCCCCAAUCCCCGGUUGCUGAAGGGGUGAAAACCCCUUCAGUAACUUACCUGAAACAGCAACGAUGUCCCUCGUCGCUGCUUCUCCAUCUGCGCCGCUCCUCCUACUGACUGCGUUGGUCGGUGGGCGAGGCUGAUCCCGCCCACCGGCCGGGGAGAUCUACUGCGCAUGCGCAUUAGCACUCCCCAUAGGAAAGCAUUGAAUAUGCAUUUCAAUGCUUUCCUAUGGGGAAAUGAGCGACGCUGGAGGUAUAUAAUCCAGGAAGUGCCCUCUAGUGGCUGUCUACUAGACAGCCACUAGAGGUGGAGUUAACCCUGCAAGGUAAUUAUUACAGUUUAUAAAAAACUGCAAUAAUUAAACUUGCAGGGUUAAGAGUAGUGGGCAGAAGUGGUCUGGGUGCCUGGAGUGUCCCUUUAAGGCCCGUGGACGUACCUCAUACGUCUGCGGCUAAUUGGAGCACUGGAAGGGAGCUGAGCAGGGAGAUCACUGCUCCAUCGCCACCCACACACCAGCCGUCCAGCAGCCCCACUGGACCCCAAGGACCACAUGCUCAGCCCAGCAGCCCCACUGGACCACAGCGACAUAGACUCCAUGCCAGCACUCCCAAAGGUAGGAGGGCUGGGUGGAGUAAAACAUUUUAAAAAAUUAAAAAAUUGUAUGUGUGUCUGUUAGGGAGUUUGUAUGUUUGUGUGUCUGUCAAAAUAGUAUAUGUGUGUUUGUCAGUGAGUAUGUGUAUGUGUGUCUGUAAAAGAGUAUGUGUGUUUGUCAGUGAGAGUGUAUGUGUGUCCACGAUGUUGAUACACUAUGUCAAAGGGUUCCACAGGAAAAAUUCAUUUGGAACCCAUGUCUUAGGUUGUUUUCUUUUAAAAAAUAUAUACAUGUAAAGGGUUAUUCAGGAAUUCCUGACAGAUAUCAGUGUUACAAUUAAACUUGCGUUCCUUUUGGAAAAAAAUGGUUUGGAAAUAGCAAAGUGCUACUUGUACUUAUAGCCCUAUAACUUUCCAAAAAAAGCUAAGAACAUGUUAACAUUGGGUAUUUCUAAACUCAUGAGAAAAUUUUGAAACUAUUUAGCAUGGGUGUUUUUUUGCGGUUGUAGAUGCGUAACAGAUUUUGGAGGUCAAAGUCUGAAAAAGUGUGUUUUUUUAAAAAAUAUUCAUUAUAUUUUACAAAAUGUUUUAUAGUAAAUUAUAUGAUGUGAUGAAAAUAAUGGUAUCUUUAGAAAGACCAUUUAAUGGCGAGAAAAACGGUAUACAAUAUGUGUGGGUACAAUAAAUGAGUAAGAGGGAAAUUACAGCUAAACACAAACACAAAAACAGCCCUGGUCCCAAACAGUAAAAAAUUGGAAAGCAGCCUGAUCACUAACAGGUUAAAACACUUUUCUGUAGUAUACCGCAUUACGAAAAGAAAGUAGCUCGAUCCUCAUUUUCCUAAAGAGCACCGCAAGUAUGGAACAACCAGCCAGACACAAUUAAAUCUUCCUUCACACCAAAAUACUUUAAGAGAUCCCUCUGUAACGAGUGCACCUGUAUAUUUCUUUCCUGUUCUGUGUUAAAUGUAUUUGAAUAUCACUUUGUAUUUUUAAUAUUAUACUGUGUAUUUUAAUAUUAUUUUGUAUUUUUAAUAUUAUAAAUAUUCAUGAUAUAUUUGAGUAAAUUUCCUUUCUUAAUCAGCCCUCAGGCAGUUACUGGGGGAAAGAAAAAGAUAAUACUAUACACUUACAUUUGGCAGGGCCAGGUGCUGCUGCUGUGCUCUCCCUAUGCUAAUUCCAAGAUGGCUUCUUGCUUCCCUCUCCUGUGGGCACUAUAACCCCACCACCUGGUGUUAUCAGCCAAUGAUAGCCCAUGGAUAGAGAGGCCAAUAGUAUGCCUUCACUCAUUGGCAGUUGGCUCUGCUGCCCAAAUGGCAAUUCAAUGGAAAUUCCUUUGUAAAGGUCACUAGGCAUGUGCAAAACCUGCCAAAACAGGGCAGAUUUCAAACCAGACCCAUUUUUUUUUGACAUGCUUAGAUGCUCUCAGGUAAGCAUUGUUAGCUUAAAAAUAUUCAAUCCAUUUUUGGAAUGAUGUCUGAGCUGCAAGUGUAAAGCCAGCAUUUGGAGGCAGCAAAGGCAGAGGGAUUGAUUCCGGCAUGGAAAAAAAAUUGAGCGUAGAGGGAUCAACUCCUUUCUGGGUGAAUAGAGUAGGCAGAGGGAUCGAUUCCUGCCUGGAAAAUGGAUAGGGUCCCUAUCUGCCUGGGAGAAGGUGAGGGGCAAAGCGAUUAACUACUGACUAUAAAAGAUCCCUGGUGCUGGAGGAGAAUGGAUGGACAACAAAGUUGAACAGAUCUGGAUCUCAAGUAGGUGACCAGCCACCCCUGUUCCCAUUAUAUGCAAUCUUGCCCCUCUAAAUGUAGGGAAGGCCUUUAGAAAGGCUUUUCGCACCUUGAAAUGCCAGUUGUCAAGCAUCUUUCUAGGGGUGAAGAUGGAACAAUUUUUGGCAUUGCGUUGUUUGCGAUUCAGGUCAUUUUUCUUUAGUAGUGGCAUAAUUUUAUAAAAUACUUUUUUAUUUUGCCUUUUUGGGGUUUAACCCCUUAACGACAAAUGACAUGUCAUGAUUCCCUUUUAUUCCAGAAGUUUGGUCCUUAAGGGGUUAAAAAAAGAUGUUAGUAGGAUUCUGAAGGGGAGUGUUUUUUUUUUUUUUUCUUACAAAAGAUUUUUUGGGCCCUUCACACUAUUAUUAGAAUUAGGUGAGGGCUUAUUUAAUUCUGGUUGCCUAUGGGCUUUGUGACCCAUAGACUCCUGGAGGGAGGUGGGAGUGGCAAGUUAACAGGUGCUUUUCAAUGUUUUAUUCCAUAGUGUAAUUUCUAGAAACAUUUGUUUCUCUUUAAAGGGUUAAUCCAAACAAAAGCUGUUUUACUGAAAACCUGUUUUGGUUAGAAAAACCCAUGCUGGCAUGGUCCUUGCUAGUUUAUCAAAGAACUUGGAUGGAAUUCAUCAAUUGGGUUUUUCUUAAUGGGUGCCGCAUGAAAGUGAGAAAGGUAACAAUUUGCGAUCACAUCAUGUUUUGCAACUUUUUACCACCUCCCAUAGAUCCACAGGUUUCUGGUGUGUGUCCCUGAACACUACAUUGAGUGGGUGGAUAUCCACCUUCAACUUCUUGUAAUGGAUUUAGACAGUACCUCAGGGACACUGAAAACAGGUGUUACAAGUUAUGGAUGGUCUAAUUUAGCAAGAGGGUUUUAUAUUGGGGCCUCAACAUUCCCUAGAUCUCAAUCCAAUUACAAUGCUUUCCUAUGGGGUUUUGGGUAUAGCCUGAGAAGAGGAUGUUGAGCGUUAGGCGACCAAAGGGUGGAGUUAACCCCCAAAAAUAAUUAUUGCAGUUUAUUACAGCGCUAUGGAAUUUGUUGGCGCUAUAUAAAUAAUAUUAAUAAAGAAAUAUAUGCACCCAGACCGCUUCGCCUCGCCUAUAGUGUCCCUUUAAAACAGCCUUGACAGGCACUAAAAAAUACAAUAAUUUCUCCGCAAAUGCCCAUAUAUUACCCGGAAUACUCCGGGAUGUUUCGCUCUCUCUCAGGAGUUUGGAGGGAGACAUGAAGCACAGUUCAUUGUAUAAUUAUGGCUCCCCCUCCCUCCCUGGACUCAUACACUUUAAUACCCAGUCAAUCUGUAUAGUAAUGUAAAUGGUCGCUCUCAGGCUCAGUCAGCACAUAAACUCGUCAGAGCGGUGAAGUAACGCGCUAUGUAACAACGCUCCCUUCACUUCCGCUCUCCGCAGCUUCCUGCCGGACCGCCAGCAUCGCGCACACAGCACGCCGGGUCACACGGGCGGAGGCUCUCCGCUGUCUGUCGGUCUCAGCCAUGCUCUCCCGGCUCCUCAAAGAGCACCAAGCCAAGCAGAAUGAACGGAAGGAGCUGCAAGGUGAGCCGCGCUUUCCCGCCCACUCUGCGGCCUAGCUGCCAGACACACCACACUGACUGGGAGGGAGGGCAGCACGGGUCUCCAUGACAACAGUCCCCCUUCUAUCGCAAGAACGCCCUCUGAUUGGUACUUUCUGCUGCCAAUCACUCCUCUUACCGGAAGUGGUUACUAACAGCCAUUGUCAUAGUAUAAUAAUAAGUUUUAUAGUGAACGAAAAAAAUGUUUAUUAAAAACUCAGGAAAAGCAGCUCUUUAAAAAAAAUAAGAAUAAUUUUUUUUUUGCAUUAGAUCAUGUGUUAAUACUUGUCUAUGUGUGAGAGCUGCAGGGAUGUUAUGUGCAGUUAGAAUGAUUUCCUGAAAUCUGCUUAGAUUGACUUAUUAUUUAUUACUGGUAUUUAUAAAGUGCCCAUAGAGUCCGCAGCGCUGUACAAUAUACAUUGCCCCGCUACAGUCUGUAAUGAAUGCUGCCGCCAGACUGAUUUUCCUCUCUUGUCACUCCUCUCACACCUCCCCCCUCUGUCAGUCCGUACAUUGGCUUCCUGUAUCCUAUAGGAGUCAAUUCAAAGUGCUAACCCACACCUAUAAAGCACUGAACAAUUCUAGCUCCUCUUAUAUCUCUUCACAGAUCCAUAGGUAUGCCCCUCCUCGGUCUCUCCGCUCUGCCCGUGACCUUCUCCUGUCCCGUAUGGCCAACUCAUGCUUGCAGGACUUCUCGCAGGCGGCUCUCUUCCUAUGGAAUAGCCUGCCCACCGCCAUCAGACUCAAUCAUUUAAGAAGGGCCUUAAAACCCAUCUCUUCAGGAAAGCUUAUGGCCUCCCAGAGUAAUCUCUACCUUACAUACCUGUCUCUGGCUCUCUCCUAUAGGGCAGUGCUUUAUUCUCUCCUCCAGCUCUGCUUCACUCCCACCCUAUUUGAUUGAUAUUUCCUGGCCCAACGUGUCUUAUACCCCACCUCCUAUAGACUGUAAGCUUGUUUGAGCAGGGUCCUCUUCAACCUAUUGUUCCUGUAUGUUUUCUUGUAAUUGUCCUAUUUAUAGUUACACCCCCCCUCUCAUAAUACGGUAAAGCGCUACGGAAUCUGUUGGCGCUAUAUAAAUGAUGAUGAUAAUAUUAAUAAUGGCCGGUGGGCAGGUUAUGUGAAUUGCCUCUCUGGUGCUGCCCAAGGAGACCCACUGAGAAUUGGGCAAGUACACCCAAAGAAAAGGCAGGUCAACAUGGCACGCCUUGAGCAGGUCCAGAUAUGUGCUUCCCUAUGCUUUCUGGGGAUAGUACCAUGGUCUAACCAAAAGCGGGAAACCUGGGAAUAUUGGACAGGAACCUAAAAUAGGGACUAUCCCACUGCAAUUGGAACUGUUGGCAGGUCUGUUAGACUUAGGGUGCCUUAUGUACUAUAUUUAAGGUGCUUUUAAGUUUAAAACUUUGUUUAACCCCUUAAGGACCAAACUUCUGGAAUAAAAGGGAAUCAUGACAUGUCACACAUGUCAUGUGUCCUUAAGGGGUUAAAGACAUGAAACAGCUUCCUUGAAUAUGUCUAGAUGUACAAAUAUUUGAAGGAGUGUGAAUCAUUCUAGAUAAGUGGUUUUUUUUUUUUUUUUUUUUAAAGGAUCUAAUUAUAUACAUGACGUGAACUUGGUGAACAAUUUUAAUAUAAUAUAUUAAAAUGAAUUCUGUAAAAUGUUUGUCAAAAGAGCAUUGGAAACUAUUCUUAGGGGAGAUUUAUCAAACCAGCAGUUGCUAUUCUGAGGCAAAGUGCUAAAUAAGAGCAAUAACCAUGGGAACCGUUAGAAUGUCUCAGCAUUUAGUAGUUUGUUCUCAAAAUGGCAUCUGUUUUCCAUGUCAAUUUUCUCUUAAGUCAUGGGUUAAACAACAAUACUCUAGAUAUGUGCUAUAACAGGUCCCGCAAUAUAAUCGGCUCUAAUUUAUUUUCAAAACCUACAAUUUUUAAACUACAAAGGUUGACUUGGCAUGCUGAGUGCAGUUGAAGAAUAGCUUGAGUCCAGUGUCAUUGAGAAAUCCAUGACUAGUUCUUUUUAUUUCACUUUCCUUCCCUGUAUGCAACUAAUUUGCGGUGUCAAAAAAUUGUAAAACAAGACAAAUUUACCACUAUAAGGGUCUGUUAACUAAACAAUGAAUUGAGAAAAAAUGCAAAUUUGAAGGGAAAAAAAAUUUCCCCUCCACUAUGCUACUCUGGCCUACAUUUUGCAAAUUGACUUUCAGCUGACCAAACCCUGCUGUUAAUUAGUACACAAACUCCUAAUUUGUGGUUUAAUAUAGGGUUUCUCAUUGAAUGUCACCUUUUCUUACAGAGAAGAGGAGGAAAGAAGCCACAGCUGCCGCAACCACUUUGACAGAAGCAUUGGUAGACCAUCUAAAUGUGGGGUGAGUGUAUGAUGUGAAGAACAGACAGUACCACCACUAAACUGGAUCUUUGUUAAAACUGUAUAUUUUCUCCUUUGUUGGAAAUAAUUUACAUAAUGCAGAGAUAUAUAAAAUCUACUUUACCAUGAUGUUCUUGGAGGGGCAAGCUGUGAGUGCCAAGGAGAGCCUGGGCUUUUGUCAAACUACUCCGAAACAGGCCUCCCAUCCUCUUGCAUCACAGCUACUGCAUUGAGCUAAGGUGACUAUAGCGCUUAGGUGGAUUGUUUAAAGCAUACAAAGCUAUCAGUGGCAUUAUUGUAUAUAACGUUAUAGCAGAUAUGCAGAACAUAUAAAACAGUAUUCAUUUACGUUUUGUGUUUCACAAUUUUUCAACCGCAUUAAAAACACCAGAAUAAAAAAUAAUAGUUCAUCUAUAGUUAUCUAUAAAGAACAAAGAAAAAAUAAUAUAUAAUGCCUGCUUCCCAUAAUUCCUCAGAUUUUGUAACUUUUAGUAGUACCAUACAGCUAAAAGUGUGUCCUGUGGAAAAAUAGCCCUGCACAUUGUCAAUCUCACACAUACAACAGAUAAAAGUGUUUGGGUGAGAAUGCAGCUUGAUUGAUAUCUGCUUGGAUGAGACAAUGAUGCUAUGCGAUUUUUACAUCUCUAUUUAUGUACAUGACGAACACUGAAUAAAUAGCAGAUGUUUCCCAAAUAACAGUACUGAGCCAUGUUUCCAUAUUUAGUUAUCGAGGGCAUGCAUUUCUAGAUUUUACUGUUCGGUGCACUAAUUGCAAAUGUUGAUGUUUGUAAAAACAUGAAAACCCCUAAAAAGGUUAAUUUAGCAUCGAUAUGCUCAGUAUCUCUGAACUGCUUUCAACCUAGUCUUCAAUAAACCUGUAUUUUCUAGUCACUAAACAUUGAACUGCUUCGAAGCUGUAAGGAAGUCACUGUUCAGUGAAUUACUUAUCACACUGCCAAGUUAAGUCCUUGAUGAGGUCUGUGGUGCCAAGAAACCCGCCCAGUUUAAUAAAAGGGUUCUCUGAGGCAACACUUCUUAAAGGGACACUGAAGAUGGGGAUGAAUCACAUUAGGCUAUAAAAAAUGAAAGUUAAACAAAUAUCUUUUGAAAUUCCUGCAUUUUCAACAAAUACUGUAUCUUCUGCCGUGAUCACCAUGCUUGCCAGGAAAAUUCUCAUUGUAAUUCAACACUUAGUAAUAGCUUAAUUUGUGAAAAUAUGUGAAUAAAGCCAGCUUGCAAGAUAAUAGAAAGUGUUGCUUCCUUUGUUGUACUGAAUUGCUACAUUGAUGUUUUUUUUGUUUUUGUUUUUUAUUAAUUAAGCUAGUCAAGCCUGCAACGCGUAAUUUCUCAUGGAAAGCAGUGAUAGUAAUGCUUAUACUAGAAGUAAGAAACAUAAAUUCCCCCUAUAAAGUCAUUGAGCUUGGAUCCAAUCAUGGUGUGCACCAAUAACCAAUUAAUAGGAAUAUCUAGGUUACAAAAUGCAUAUUUUAAUGCUUUUGAACAAUAAUAUUAAAAAUGCAUUGAUUUGGUUUCAAACAGGUUAACAAGGAAUGAGUCCCUGUCCACCAACAGUUUGCCCCUUCUAGAGGUUUGGCUUGGGCAGAGAUGACACAUUUCCUUUUAGCCAUACCAAUUCAUGCCAGAAACAGGUACUACCAUAGGCUGAAAGCAGUCAGCUGACACUCUCAGCCAGUCACAGUUUACCAUUGCUGCUCAGUCUAAUGCUUCCUUAUUAGCUCAAGCUGCAUGGAUGGGAUGAGCUGCUGGUAAAAUACUACAAGCAGUUUAACGCUGAAUGGAAGGAUGCCACCAGUGGACUCUCGAUAAUAUUACCACUUCAAUUAUAUGGAGUAGCUACAGUGGCUAUAGUGUCUUCUAAAAUGCUUUUAAGGGAAUCUAUAGUAUUUGGAAUACAUAGCUGUAACACUAUAGUGUCGUCCAUUUCCCGGGAAGUGCUGCAAGAUAAUUAGGCCAUCUCUAUAGGAAAUCAUUUCCUCAGUGCUUUCCUAUGGGGAUUUCACUGACACUGGAUGAUUAUGUCCAGCGUUUUUUUUUAAGGGACUCAAAGUCUGCUAGAAUCCAUGAAGUUUUAGUUUCUCUUAAACUAAGGGGGGCAUGGACAGAGCACACAGACCACUUCAAUUAUAUGAAGUGGUCUAGGUCAGGGGUGGGCAAUCUGCGGCCCUCCAGAUGUUUUGGACGUCAUCUUCCUUGAUGCUUUGCUAGCAUUAUGGCCCUAAGAGCAUUAUGGGAGAUGUAGUCCAAAACAUCUGGAAGGCCGCAGAUUGCCCACCCCUGGUCUAGGUGACUAUAGUGUUGCUUUAAAUGUAGAUGUAGGUGACCCAUCACAAGGUGUAAUUAAACACAUUACUAUUGACUUGUGUCCAGACUGGGAGAACAUCAUAUUUAAUGGAGGGAGCGCUCCACUUUGCAAUUUGUAACAAGCAGCCAAAUUUGUAGCAUCUCAUAAUAUACACCACUCCCUCUUUCAUUAAUAUGAACACAAAUAACUCCGCACAGGGCUGAUUAGAUUGCUUUAUGUCUGUGUAAAUGAUUCAUUGCAUGAAGAUUCAUCAUGCGCAUGUUACUUUCCAUGCGACUUUUAAUCUUUUCAAAUGUGGAGUAAUAAAUUUGGUCAUAUUUUGUAUGAGAACAAAGCUAAUUUUCUAAAAAUACUCCACUAGUGUUUUCAUUUUGGUACAACCCAUGCCAUGCAUCAUGUUGUACAUUGUGUUGUCAUGUAGUACUUUUGCGUUGAAACCAGAAUAUAUUUUAUUACGUUUAUUUUAAAAUCCAUUGUUCUUCACGUUUUUGACUAUGCUACUCCCAUCUGGUUUCCAAGUAGUCAUUUUUUUUCUUGAAUUUUAAAAAUUACUAUUUUCGAUAGUGUAAAGCUUCUCUGCCACACCAAACGUACAUUUCUCCAAUCGUUUCCUUUUCUCCUCCUCUCUCUGAAUCUGUUCUUCUUCUUUUCCUCUCUAUUUCUUUUAUUUUUUUUCUUCUUGUAAAAUAAAUAUGACAAAGGUGGAACUACUUAAGACAAUUUAAACUUUUUAUGUCAAGAUUUGUCAAAUUCCAUUUUCCCAGAAUACUCACCUGCCAGUGAUGUCCCUCGUCUAUAGUCACCAUUCUCUGUCCUUUCCAUGCAUGCCCAAUACUGUUGCUUUCGCCUCUGGGUUCCUGAGCAUUAGCGGCCAUUGGUUUUUUCCGUAGCACCAGCGUAAGGACAAAUGAAGGCAGAGACUACACGUCACUGCUAGAAUACUGAAUAUGGAUAGAGAUCUAGCUCCGGAAUAAAUUUUUUAACAAAGGUACAAUCUGGCAAAAUUAAAGAAAAAAAAAUUCUUAGAAGUGAGAGAGUUCGGGGUGACAAUGGGGGAAAAAAAAAUAGCCCAUGACAGAGCUGCUUUAAGGAAUAUUUGAUAUUUGCUUACUAUCUGCCUACUAUUUUUUUGGAACUUUGUAUACAUACUCAUUGGGGAUGUGACAAGUUUUUAUCUUACUGUCCCUACAACUUAUUAUACUCAACUGUGCAAUGAGCCCAGUGAUUGGUGUAAUACCCUCCCAUGUUACUUACUGUAAUAACAAUAAAGUAAAAUAAUAUGGUCAUGGAAAAUGCUUGCACAACGUGGUAAGAGCUUCUAUUUAGUAAAUGUUUGUAAACUAUACAUGCUAUCUUACGCUACUUUGAGCAUUUCUAUCAGAAAUGGAUUUAGUGGAUUUGAAGAAAAGAAGCCUUUUGGAAAGAGAAAUCAGAAAGUAAAUCAACCCAUGAAGUACAAUAGCAGAAAACAAUUGUUGGUUUAUUUUUAUUUUUUUAGCACAUACAGGUUACAGAUCAAAGUACAUUUUUACAUGUUGGGGGAUUCAUUUAAACUCCUAAAUUAGCUAGUAAACUUGCUUUUGAGAAAACACUGCUGUUGAAUCUUUCAUGCGAGAGAAUAUAGAACUGGCUUUUUUUAUGGAGGUUUCUGUGACGUGUAUAGCAUUAGUGGGAUCUUCCUAUUUGUAAACAAUUUGUUAUAAUUUGCCAUGAAUGUGAAAAUACUCUGGCAGAAUUAUCUAUUAGAUAAGUGUAUCUUCAAUCUGAGCAUUGGACAGUAAGUUCAGUUUACUGUAAUACCUACAUGAAGGUGACUUUGCCUCCUAGUGUUGUUGAUGAGUGUUUGCUUUACUUUAAGCUGAGUUUGUCAGCUGGUGACUGUUCUUAGAAGUUUGCUUCUAAUAACGUUAGGAAUACACAUUGUUUUUGAAGAGGAAAACAUGUCCCUUAAUCUGCGUGAUGUCACGAUUUCCUCUUGGAGCUUCUAUUGAGGACUAGCAGAUCAUGUUUAUGUGGGUGACUCCUUACAGAAAGGAAGUAAGAGAGGAACAUAUGAUAUUGUCUUACUCAUAAACUGAGAUCACUUGGAUAUAAUAACACAAAACCAUAUCUGGAAAGUGUACACUGGCAUCUUUCAUGGAUAAUACCAGUUUAUUUUGAAAUUAGAAAUCUAUUAGACCGUAUUUUAAUGAGGGGUUGCAAUUCCAGACUUUCUUUUAACAAGUGCUCACCACUUAACAUGGGAUUUGCCUGGUAGCAAAAAUAUCAGUGGCUUCACUCCCAAACCCCCAACCUGUGCCCCGCUUUAUAUCGAACCCUAAUGUUCUAUCAAUCACAUUGUAAUAUAAACAUCUUUCAAUUAAUUCAGAAUAUUAAAUAUUAAUAAACUAUAAGCCUGUUUUUAAUAUUAAUGCCACACCGUGCUGUAAAUAUCAGCAUAAAACCUGCACCUGCUGCAAUAAAACCCUGCUUCCACAGUAAUAUCCCCGCACAAAGCUGUAUAAUUAUCUCCAAAUAUGCUGCGUUAAAGGGUCUAUUACAAAUUAUAUUACUGGAGUUACUAUUCCCUUCUCAGUAUUAAAGGGGACUCAAGGCUACCAAUGUGAGGGUGCCAUAAUCGGACUAGUAUAUUUACCCCUGCCUUUUAAAAUAAAUUUAAAACACACGACUCUCAUCCAAGUUAUUGUAGUCAUAAAUUACAUGUCCUGUGUCUAUAUGCUGUCAUCCAUAUUGGCAUAACAAGUUGUAUAUUUUAUUUUCUAAAACAUCCUGACGCCUUUUGUGAUAAUGUUUGAUUAUUUACUGAGAGCCAACCAAUUGCUGCACUCUCUGUUUACGCUUAUAGUGAUGAUAUUGGCCUAAUUUUGUCCGUGGGUACGUCCAUUAACUUGCACAGCUGAUCACUAUACUAAGUGUUAUGACCUGGGCUUGGAGUCCCUUUAUCCACCAGCAUUCACAUUAAAGCAGAUCUUGGAUCGUUACAGCAAUGAAAGAGAUAACCAGCUUCUAUCUUGGUACAAACAGCAACAACCUUUAUUUUCACUUCACAACAGGAUGUAAAAACUACAUUUCCCUUCCCCUGUCUGCAAGCCCACCUUGACAACAAAAUAAUUCCUCGAUAUGCCAGGCAGGUAUCUCAGCAUGGGGGCUCUGCAUUAUGUUCCAUGUGACACAUUAAAGUCUCUUUUUGCCACAUUUCUCCCACCCAAAAAAAGACCUGCUGCUAGAUUGGGACCCUUCUGCUCAGGUCACAGGCUGCAGGAGGACAGGGCUACCCCUCUAUUCUCCUAGACAGUCAAUCAGCAUUGCCAUGUGACUGGCCUUUGCAAUAAUGGAUGGUAAAAUUGUACUGCUGAAGUGCCAAGCUCCACCUCGGCAGUCGCCCAUUGUCACCUGCCACUCGGUUUAGCCAGCAGAGGGGAUUGUGGUCUGUUACCACCGUGAACUCCCUUCCAUGGAGAUAGGUUUGUAGCUUCUUGAGAGCCAAGACUACAGCAAGGCACUCUUUUUCUCUUUGGCCGCAUAACUGACUUCUCGAUCCAGCAGCUUCCUAAUCAUCCACGAACCAUAACCACUGUAGUUUAUUGUAGUGGUGAUGGUGCAGUGAGUGGAGUGGAUGGUGCUAUCGGAAGUCUGUUAGAUUGUUUGAGAAAAGCUACCGUAUAUACUCGAGUAUAAGAUGAGUUUUUCGGCACAUUUUUUGUGCUGAAAAACCCCCACUCGUCUUAUACUUGAGUCAAUGUCUGUAUUAUGGCCAUAAUAAAGACCACGACCGCCAGGCUCAUUACAAGCCCAGCGGUCCUGUUGGGGGCUGGCAGCAAGCUGUUACUUACCUUUACAACAGCUCCCUUCUCCUCCGUUCCGGUCAGCUCCAGUGUAAGUCUCGCGAGAGCCGAGGCAUCAGAGCGUUGCUCCACGCGGCACGCAGACCGCAAGACUUACAGUGGAGCUGACAGGAGCUGCUGUAAAGGUAAGUUACAGCUCGCUGCCAGCCCCCCUCCUACACAGGACAUCCGCUGGACCACCAGGGAAUAAUAUAGCCCCCCCUCCCUGGCCAGCUAACAAGCAGGGAGGGGGGACGAAAAAAAUAACAUAAAAAUUUUAAUAAUAUAUAAAAAAAAAAAAGUAAUAAUAUGAAAAUAAAUUUAAUAUUAAAAUAAUAAUAAAAAAAAUAAUAAAAAUGCCCACCCCCCACCAAGGUUACACACACUGCAUUCAUACACACACACACUGCAUUAUAUACACACUACAUUCAUAUACACACACACUGCAUUCAUUAUAUAUAUACACACACUGUAAAUAAAUAUUCAAUUAAUAUAAUUUUUUGGUGAUCUCAUUUUAUUCAGAAAUUUAUCAGUAGCUGCUGCAUUUCCCACCCUAGUCUUAUACUCAAAUCAAUAAGUUUUCCCAGUUUUGGGGGGUAAAAUUAGGGACCUCGACUAAUAUUCGGGUCGACUUAUACUCGAGUGUAUAUAUAUACAGUAGUUCUCUGCAAAGCAACCAAAUCCUCUGCAGCCAAUUAUAUAACGUGGAAGAUUCGUUUUCACAUUGCCUGUCCAAUUCUGCCCUACCUUAGAAGGCAGUAAGUGCUUGCAAGCACUGGGAGUGGGAGCAGUUUUGGUCAAACUCCUUAAAGUAGUUUUACACAAUACCAAGGGACAUCGCCAAAAAGCUCAACUCACCACAGCCCUGACAUUGAAAUAUACUGAUUAAAGUGCAUAGAAUGUUCAUUUGAAAAAGGACACUCUAAGCACCAAAACAACUUAAGUUUAAUGAAGUUUUUGGUGUUUGGAUCAUAUGUAUAGAUCAUGCCAAUGCGGUGUUACAACUUUUUUCCAAUUUCUGCCAUUUAAGAGCUAAAUCACUUUGUUUAUACAGCCUUAGCCACACCUCCCCUAGCGGAGAGUCACACAGCCUCCAAACACAUGUCCUGAAAUAGUGUCUGAAAGUUUCAGCUUCCAUUACUGCAUAGUGUGCUUGAUGUAUAAUUUAUUAUCUCCUGCUCUGUUAAUAGUCUAACAAGGCACGCAGCAGCCUCCUGUGUGUGAUUAAAGUUCAAUUAACAGAGCAGGAGAUAAUGACUUCUAAAGUAAGCACACUGUGCUGUAAAAUCUGAUUGAGAGUUAAACCAUGUUUAUCAUGGAAGCUGUGUGAGUCACAGUCAUGGGAGGUGUACCUAAAGCUUUUUAAAGACAUAAACAGGAUUUAACUCCUAAGUGACAGAGAAUUGAGCAGUGAGACUGACCUAUACAUUAAACUUGCUAAAAUUGUUUUGAUGCUUAGUGUUCCUUUAGGAUAAUAUUAUGGUUAUAAUCUAACUUUUUUUUAAGUAAUUUUGUUUUGUAGGUGAAAUUUACUAAGUCUGUUCUCUGGUGCCAAGUAUGAAGACCCACCAUUUAGCCUAAGAGAACAGAACUAUGUAUGUUGAUUGAGGGAUUUUAUUUUAGAAGUCACAACAUCGUGUAAAGAUUAAUUAGGGGGUAGGACUGCUAACCUAUAUCCUGUCAAUUAGCCCUUCCCCAUUUUCCUCUGCUUUUACCUAUAAUGUGGGGUAAACUGUGAUUGUGCUGGCCUGGGGAUUCACAAGCUCCCAAUCCAAUAAUAUGUGGACUCAGGUAUACUCAUAUUGCCCAGUCAUAUACCGUAUUUUUCCGUGUAUAAGACGACUCCAUGUAUAAGACGACCCCUAUUUUUUUAGCUCAAAAUUAAGAAAUCAAUUUUUAAGCAUCAAAUAGAACAACUUUGAUAUUUUAGAGGUGACUUCUGAGGAGAACAACACACUUGUGAUUCUGAUGCCUCCCCUGUGCUAUGGUACUCUGUGACGUUAAUGGCUCUGUAGUGCAUGCUGAGAGACUACAGCUCCCACAAUACAGCAGGGAGUGUGAGGGCAAAAAUAGUAUUCCCUCUGCUCCCUGAUCCCCAUUUCCCCCCCCAUGAAUAUAAAUCAGAAAGCAAGACCUACCUGAGGUGGAGCAAACCUUAAUAUGGCUGCUCCUUUUAUGGUGUGGCAUGUCUCUGGAGCUCCAUUGAUGGUGAGUGCUGAUGUCUGCUGCAGCUCCCACGCAUAUAGCGGCUUCUUCCUCCUUGCCAGAGCAUUCAGAAGUGGAUCAGCGGGAGGGAGGCCAGGUAUGUGUGUGGGCCGGGGCACACUGAAAUGCGGCAGGCGCCAUCUUAACUUAGGUUAACUUAACCCACGCACAUGUGUUUUUUCUUUUUUCUUUUUUUUUUUUUUUAAACCCCUGCAGUGACAUUCCGUGUAUAAGACGACCCCCAAUUUUAGGCUAAAAAAUUUAGAAAAAGAUUUUUAUACAUGGAAAAAUAUGGUAAUUUUAUUUUUUUUAAAUGCUCCUCCAACCAAUAUAGGACCAGUUGUUGCCCAGCCAUUUCAUCCCAAGCGGAUAGCUGGCAACUGCUUAAAACUCACUACCCCAAUUCCAGAAUAUACAAGACCCCCCCAUCCCCCCAACUCAUAAUCAUUUUUUUGUUGUUGUUUUUUUUCAUUAACUUGUACUUACAUUUAUUCAUUUUAGUGUGGCACAAGCGUAUGUGAACCAAAGAAAGUUGGACCACGAGGUGAAGACCCUACAAAUACAGGCUGCUCAAUUUGCAAAACAAACAACACAGUGGAUAAGCCUGGUGGAGAACUUUAAUCAGGCUCUUAAAGUAAGAUCCAUAACAAAUUAAAUAAAGUUGGCUUACAUGGGCAGACAACAGAAUCAGGGUUCCAUCUGCUGGACGUUAACUGUCGCUACCAUUUUAUUGUCUAGUAGACUGGUUUAAAUAAAGAUGCAUGGAUGAAAUGAUUUUAUACAAAAUGAAAGUGACAAUAAAAAAAUAUUACAUUUUUCAAAUUGUGUUUCACAUAGCAGAACGUAGUAGUUUUCUCUGUAUAUGUUCUUAAAGUAGUGAUAUUAAGAUGUAUAACAUUAGUUGGAAAUGAUUGAUCCCUGCAAAAAAGUGGCAAAUGUUACUCAGCCAAUUCUGGCCCUCUAAUUGGCACUGCUCUACAUAUCUCAUAAUCCCCUGCCCAGUGCUGUUUAUGGCAUAGUUAGGUCAGCAGUCAUAAAUGGUUUUAAACCUUAGUGACUUCAUGCAGCUUCCAUCAUAUUUUUUAACUAAACAAAGACACUCCCUUAGCAAAUCUGAAAUGACUUGUAUGGUGGAGGACACUUUUUCAGCUCCUGGCAGCUUCCCCUGGCAGGAGUCAUUGUCAAUAUUGUCCUCUCGCACAUGCACGUCAGUGCAAAAUGGGGUUUACUGAAUAUCCUGUGCAAUAGUCAUCCAUUGCAUAUUAAACAAGAUGAUGCCUUGUCCCAUUUGCCAUUGUGGUUAUGUGCCAUCUAUGAAAUGACAGGGUAGCGGUGAAAUCUUUGGCAGGGGGUUAAUUUGUAAAGCACACAAUUAUAUAUAGUUUACAGUUUUUAACGAGCCACUUUUUUUUUAGCUUAGCAAAAUCUUAAAAUGACAUUGUAGUCUAAUGGAGAUAAGAACUGAGACAUGUCAUUUUACCUAUAAAUCCUCCCUACAGUGCUGGAUCCAUUAAACAGUGCAAAUUUGGAAACCCUUGCCCACCAGACUGGAUUCUUCUGAGGCCAUCAGAAAUACUCUGAUACGCAUUAUCUGCUUCUCAAACAAUGUUUGCCCAGGGAUCUGUACCCAGACAGCCUUGCUGCCAGUGUGAUGCUCAUCGCCAUUCUUUGUUGUUGACAUACCUCAACCUACCAUGAUUUCGUGCCUCCCAAUGUUGGCAGUUUUUGCUAAACUGACUUAAUUAAUGUGUAUUUAUAUGUAAAACAUACCAUGUAUUCAUAUAGAAAGAUUAUCAAUUGCAUUUUUUUACACACUGCUCUUCCACCAAAAUUAUUUUUGAAUAGAAUGACCCUGCUAGCUGGGCUCCGUUAAAAGGAAGGAAUAAUAUCUUAACUAAGCCUAUACUACAGGAAAAUAGUAUUAGUCUUUUAUAAAAUUAGCUUCAUCUCUGCGUUACGUUUUUGUUUUUAUUUUCUCUUGCUUUAAAAUUAGUUAUUUAUUGAGGAGAAUAAAAAAUAUUUUAAAACAUUUAAAUUCAGUGGGGCACAUAAAUGAUAAAGGAAAGUAAUUCAGCCUUGCAAUACGUGAGCUUUCUGUGGCAGUACAAGCUGCAUUUCUUGCCAAUGGGUGAUUUAACUCAUAUAUUCAAAGAUAGAAGCUACUCUCAGAGGCAUAGAUAAGGGGGGCAGUGGGGAACUAUUGUCACCAGGAUGAAGGGCCACCAUAGUGCUAUCUAGGCCACUCCCCUUUUCCCCCAGUGCCCUGGUGGCAGCGCCUGCUGCCGAGGUGACAUUUUAGUAAAGAUCUAGCAGUCAUUGGAAUUUCCAAGAUAUAACUUAAUCCACUUGUUUUUUUUUUUUGUUUUUUUUCAGGAGAUUGGUGAUGUGGAGAAUUGGGCAAGAAGCAUUGAGAAGGACAUGCGCAUUAUAGCAACUGCUCUUGAAUAUGUAUAUAAAGGACAACUACAACCGUCUGCCUCCUAGGUUGCAAAUCUUCUUCUUUUUUUUUUUUUCUUCUUUUUUUUUUGAAUAAAAAAGGGGGGGAGGGUGCAAUCAGUGAACUAUCCGCAUCUUUGGUGCCUGUUAUGAUUGCACCACUACAGUAUUAACUGUUGGUAGCUAGAAUGUAUGUCUUUGCAUUUUGAUAGUAGUAUUAUCUACUUUUAGUCUUGGUUCACAGUCCAACUUGUAAUGACAUUAUUGUGCCCCCUACCUCUUUUCCAUAACUGGUGUCUUACCUGGAUGCACAAAAAACUGAGGUCAUGUCUUGUCCACAGUAUGGAAAAUGUAACAUAGCUUGUGUAAAGAAUAUUAAAUGCACUAAAUGCUUGUGUCAAU